ACAUCAUGCUCUGAAGAAUUCGAAUCAUUUACAUCCUUUGGCUACGAACAGUUACUACCAAAGUAUAUAUAUGAUUAAUAGCAACAUGCGGAGAGAAUUACGAGCUCAUCAUCCGGUGCCCGAGGAGAUGCCCACGCUCGAUUUACACGGAUACACGAAAUGUGAAGCUAUUCGAAGAACGACAGAAUUUUUGGACCGAGCAAAUACGAUGAUGAAAAAUUCCAAACCAGCAUGGGUGCAGAUCAUCACAGGGAAAGGAAACCACAGUUCGGGUGGUCGUAAGUUGUCUCGAGAUGGGUUUCCAUUGUUAUAUUUUACGUUCGUGAUCUACUCUAAUAAUUUAAUGUUUCUGUAAACAAAUCAUGCUGCGGACAUGGUAAUAGCUGUCUUGAGGACUGCUAUUAAAGAACUUUUGGAAAAACGGCAAAUGGAACACCGAUUAAUGAAUAGUAAAGGAAGUUUUUCAGUCAACGCGUCAUCUGGUUUUGUAUUGUACGAUCUAGAGCAACCAAAAGAUUCCAAGGUUCUCAUAGCUCCACAAUCAUACUCAAGUGUAACGAAUGAUGCAGAUCGCAUGUCUCGGCAUUUCACACUUGCAGCAAAUGAUCGGGAGCAAAAGAAAGAAUUAAAGAGGAUUUUCCAUAGGAGAUCAAAAGAGGAUGCAGCAUUCGACAAGGCUGUAUCACAAUCAUUGGAAUCAAACAAAAAAAGAGACGAGGAUAAUAGAAAAGAUAGUGAGGUUCUCGAGCGAGCUAUCAGUCUUUCCCUGUUGAACGAAGAGAAACAAAAAGAAAAGAAAAAAGAAGAGGAAGAAAAGCUGCAAGAAGUAAUAGAACUUUCAAAACGAGAAUCAAUUCUGCAAUCGAUAGAUGAAGAAGACCAAAUUCGGAAAGCGAAGGAAAUCUCGAAAAUCGAAUAUGAUGAUCCAGACGCUGAUAUUAAGCAAUUGAUCGAGCUGUCGAUGAUGCCAGAGGAAACAGGCCUUAAUCAGUUUGACGACCAAGAAGGGGAUAAAGAAAUUUUGAAAGCUUUGGAGCUUUCUUUAAUAGAAUUUUAAGGAGAUUGUAUUGGGAUAUUGGUGAAGGCGCAAGAUAAGAUUGUCCUUUUACGAAACCGAAGCCCUCUUACCUAUAGCACAAAUAUUUAUAAAAUAUAGGAAUCAUUAGAUACAGUAAAAAUAAAAAUCGUACUAUUAAUGACGCGAUUGUGUUCUAGAGGUUUAUUUCAAUCAAUGGAUUCACUGAUUUGUUAUCCGAGGAAACGGCGCAUGGUGUAAAACGGAUGACUUACUUCAGAGCCGCUUCUAGAUCAUCCUUACUCGGAUAAAGGUCAUCGAAUGCUGCCUUGAAAUCAGCAGCUGUUUUACCACCCGGCGCAGCCUCCUUAACUGAAUCUUCAACCUUUUUGGCAGCGACCAAUGCGUUUGCCUUCCUUUCCGCAAAUCCGGGGAUCAAUCUACUUUGGGCUGAAUGGAUCAUAUCGUUUUCCUUUUUCAAUCCAAAGAGAGCGUCUGCUUUGGCAAGACCAAACUCAUAACCAAUAAUUUUUACUGCAUCCCACCACUCGCCUUCACCCAUCUCCAAGCGGACCUGAUCGGCGUAAGACCAAUUCAUCAAAUCAUCUUUUGUUUUGGGAGCUCCCUUUGGAUGGGUAUCAUUGGCAAUUCUAUGCAAUACCUGGUAAGCCUCUAUGUCUUUGAGUUGUUCCGAAGGUUCAUUGAUAAUUUGUGCAGCCUUUUCGUUUCCGUGCUUGUCUUCCAUCUCCUUAACAUACUCGUUGUAUUUUGCAACUCCGAUAGUUGUGCGGACCUUCUCGGUUGUAUCGACCUUAAAUUG